AUGUCACCGCCAUCUUCAUCUUCCAACCCUCAAUUGUUGCACGACGUAUUCCUCAACUUCAGAGGGGAAGAUACUCGUACCAACUUCAUUUCUCAUCUGGAUGCAGCCCUCUCAAAUGCAGGAAUCAACACUUACAUUGACCGUCAGCUUUCCAAGGGAACCGAAUUGGGAUCAGAACUGUCGAGGGCAAUACGAAUGUCUCAUAUAUCUAUCGUUGUGUUCUCGAAAAGAUAUGCAGAAUCCAGUUGGUGUCUUUACGAACUCAAAGAGAUAAUGAGUUGCCACAGAACUAAUGGUCAGUUGGUUGUCCCUAUAUUUUUUGAUAUUGAUCCUUCUGUUGUGCGCCACCAGGAAGGUGAUUUUGGAAAUAGUUUGAGAGCUACUGCGAAGAAAAUAUACCUUGACUUUGCAGAGGAAAGGAUGGAAUAUGUGCUCUCUAGUUGGAGGAAUGUGCUCACUCAAGCUGCUAAUUUGUCUGGUUGGCAUAUCCCCAAAUGCAGGAGUGAAAGUGAACUAGUGCAGCAGAUUGUUGAGGAUGUUUUGGAAAAACUAGGCAGCGGAGUUUUGUCUAUAACUGAAUUUCCAGUUGGAUUAGAAUCCCAUGUGCGAAGUGCGACAGACUUUAUUGAAAAUAGACUAAAGAAGGUUUGUAUGAUAGGGAUUUGGGGAAUGGGUGGAUCUGGUAAAACUACCUCAGCCAAAGCCAUCUACAAUCAAAUUCACCGCAAAUUUGUGGAUAGAAGUUUCAUUGAAAAUGUUAGAGAAGUUUGUGAAAAGGAAAGUAGAGGGAUUAUUCAUUUACAACAACAACUUCUUUCAGAUAUCAUGAACACAAAGGAGAAGAUACGUAGCACAGCGUUGGGGACAAGUACGAUCAGGAAAAGACUUCAGGGCAAAAAAGUACUUGUUGUUCUUGAUGACGUGACCACAUCUGAACAGCUAAAAGCGCUAUGUGCAGAUUCUAAAUUGUUUGGUCCGGGAAGUGUAUUAAUUGUUACAACCAGAGAUGCUCGCCUGCUUAAAGGCGUUAAUUAUGUUUGUACUCUGAAAGAAAUGGAUGAAAAAGAGUCCCUUGAGCUUUUUAGUUGGCACGCUUUUAGACAGCCUAGUCCAAUCAAAGACUUCUGCAAACUCUCGCGCAACGUAGUUGCUUAUUGUGGAGGAUUACCACUGGCUCUUGAAGUCAUUGGUUCUUACUUAAGUCAGAGGACAAAACAAGAAUGGAAAUGUGUACUGUCGAAAUUAGAGAGAAUUCCCAAUGAUCAAGUGCAAGAGAAACUGAGAGUGAGCUAUGAUGGUUUAAAGGAUGAUAUGGAAAAGGAUAUAUUUCUUGACAUAUGUUGUUUCUUUAUCGGCAAGGACAGAUCCUAUGUUACCAAGAUACUAAAUGGCUGUGGGCUUUAUGCUGACAUUGGAAUAACUGUCCUGGUAGAGCGGAGCCUCGUAAAAAUUGAAAAGGAUAACAAGCUUGGAAUGCAUGAUUUAAUAAGAGACAUGGGAAGAGAAAUUGUUCGUAAAAGUUCAGCAAAAGACCCUGGGAAGCGUAGUCGGUUAUGGUUUCACCAGGAUGUACAUGAUAUUUUGACCAAAAAUUCUGGAACGGAAACUGUUGAGGGGUUGGUUUUGAAGUUGCAAGGAACCAACAGAGUUUGCUUCAGCGCUAAUUCUUUCAAGGAGAUGAAGAAUCUGAGACUUCUACAACUUGAUAGUGUUGACCUCGCUGGAGAUUAUGAGUGUCUUUCUAAAGAACUUAGAUGGAUCUGUUGGCAAGAAUUCACCUUCAACCGUAUACCAGAUGAAUUUUAUUUGGGAAAUGUUGUUGUUAUCGAGUUAAAACACAGCAGUAUCAAACAUGUUUGGAAUGAAACCAAGUUGCUGGGGAACCUAAAAAUUCUCAAUCUUAGUCAUUCCAAGUACUUGAAAAGCACUCCCGACUUUUCCAAAUCACCAAAUCUAGAAAAGCUUAUCAUGAAGGAUUGUCCAAAAUUGUCUGCGGUACACCAAUCCAUUGGAGAUCUCAAUAACCUUCUUCUGAUAAAUUUGAAGGACUGUACAAAUCUUAGCGAUCUCCCAAGAAAGAUCUAUCAGUUGAAAUCUUUGAAAACUCUCAUCCUUUCUGGUUGUUCAAAGAUUGACAAGUUGGAAGAAGACAUAGUGCAGAUGGAAUCUUUGACAACACUUAUCGCAAAAGAUACAGCUAUAAAAGAGGUUCCCUAUUCAAUAGUAAGAUCGAAAAGUAUAGGAUAUAUAUCCCUAUGUGGAUAUGAAGGAUUAACACGUGAUGUUUUUCCUUCUCUCAUUUGGUCUUGGAUGUCUCCGACAAUAAAUUCUCUACCGCGAAUUUCCCCAUUUGGUAACAUGGCUUUGUCUCUAACUUCCAUCAAUGUACAAAACAAUAACUUGGGCUUUCUAUCACCAAUGGUUAGCAGCUUUCCACAACUCAGAACUGUUUGGGUACAAUGCCACUCAAAGAUUCAGCUAACUCAAGAAUUACAAAGAAUUCUUGAUGAUCAAUAUAGCCGUACCGAGUUGGAAGCAUCACAAGUCUCAAAUAUUUCCUUGAGAUCGCUUUUGAUUGGAAUUGGAAGGUUCCAUGCAGCCAUUGAUACUCUUGGCAAGAGCAUAUCACAGGGAUUGACAACCAAUGAUUCAAGCGAUUUCUCCCUUCCUGGUUGCAAUUAUCCCUCUUGGCUAGCCUAUACAGGUGAAGGACAUUCAGCACAAUUUCAAGUUCCUAAGGAUAUUGAUUGUGACAUGAAAGGAAUGGUUUUAUGUGUCGUUUAUUCAUCAACAUCUGAAAACAUGGGAGCUGAAUGUCUUACUAGUAUCUUGAUCGUUAAUUACACAAAAUGCACCGUACAGAUAUACAAGCGUGAGACAGUAAUGUCUUUUAACGACGAAGAUUGGAAGAAUGUAACAUCAAAUCUAGGACCUGGUGACGAUGUAGAGAUCUUUGUAACUUUUGGCCAGGGAUUAAUUGUUAAGAAGACAGCUGUCUAUAUAAUAUAUGGCCUAUCAAUAACUAGAGAAUAUGAGCAGUCAAUUAUUGUGGAAGUUGAUUCAUCAACUAACAUGGAAAUGGAAACAUCAGAGGAAGAGAACUUGCCUCCAUCACUUAAUGUGAAAGCGGAGACAUCAGCUGAUGUUAAAUCGGAUUCGUCACCUGAAGUGAAGGUUAAGUCGUCAUCAUCUAUCAUGAAAAUAAAGUCCAAUAAGAGUAGUAUAUUUGCAAGACUUGCAAAAAGAAUGAGUGUCUGUCUAUGCUUGAACCAGCAUAGAGAUAAAGGUUUGAACAAUUUGUUAUAG